GUCCUCCUGAGGAAGCUUAAACACGGCGGGAAUCGGUGAGGGGAAUGGGUGUCCGGUAGCAGGGCCCGUUUGUCCCGGGACCGGAGCUAGGGUCUUCCCCGCCAUGGCGAUCAAUCCCAUGACCUACGAAGCGCAGUUCUUCGGUUUCACGCCGCAGACGUUCAUCCAACGGCUCUACACGGCGUGCCAGGAUUGCAUCUUCGACGCGAUGCUGCAGGUUGAGACCGUCAUCCUAAAGAAGCUGGAGGAGCUUCCCGAGUGCGGCAUCAGCCCCCUCCACAUCCGGAGAGGCACCGAGAAGUUCCUUCUCUUCCUGACGGAGAACUUCAAUGAGCUCUUCGGUAAAAUGGAAGAAAUGCUUCUGCAGCUGGUGCUAAACAUCCCGAAGAACGUGCUCCUUCCCGAGGACAAGGUCCACAAGCAGUAUCCCUACAGCAAAGAGCAGGUCCAGGCGCUUCAGGAUGAGAUCCAUCAGCUGCAGGAGCAGUACAGGGCUGAGGUGUGCGCAGGGCAGGUGCUGCGUGCGGAGCUGGAGGAGCAGGAGAUUGUUCGGGCAGAGCUGGAGAAGAUACUGCAGUGUUGUGUUGAGUUUGAGAAUAUCUGCAGGGAGCACUGGAACUGCAGCUUCGGGGAGAGCUUUGCUUUCCUGACACCUAGAGUUAAGAAACUGCAAGAUGCGCUGAAAAACGUCAAACAGAAAAGUAAGAAACUAAAGAAGUGUGAUACUGAAUCAUGAGAUUCUGAAAAGGAAGCUUGCUUAAAAUAAUAGGUGCUUAUCUCUACAGGAGCACCUCCCAUAGUCCUUACCCCUCUAACCCUGCCAGGAUCUAGACUGUUGAACUGUGCCUGUUUGUGCCUACUUAGCACCAACCCAGAGAAACAGGAGAAUAAAAAAGCCUUGGACAACCUGGCUCUGGAGGCACCUUCCUGACGUUAUGAACAUUAACUGUGAACACAACACAACAGUUGUUUAAUUUUAGGAUUAUUGAAGAAGAACAGAAUUUGUAAGACCUGCAGGAAUGUGUGAUUUUCCAGCUCAGGGAGCCAGUGCUUUAGUCAGUGAAGAUGUGCCUUGCUAAGGCCAAGGUGCUGUCGCUUUCUUUUUAAAGGUCAAAAAAUAGGAACUGUGUUGCUUUAUAUAUAUCUUAGUUUGGUUGGUUUAUCUUUUGUUGUCCAGUGGCCUUUUUCUUCUAAAUAACAAGUUAAUUCAUGUUUAAUCAUUCUCCUGUAGAAGCGUUGUGAAGGUGGACUCUAAGGCUUGAGGUCACUGAAGCUGCUUAAGCUUGUUCCAGCUGUACUUAAAUUACAUCAGAGUCUGUGAGCAUCUUCCCACUGGCCUCAGCAGGUUUUGAGCUUCCUGAACUAUCAUGAGCUAUCCAUACUGAUUUCUCCUUUACUAGAUUAGGUGUUUGACAGACAUGAAAUUUGUGGAUAAUUUAGAAGUUACUGCAAUAAAAAACACAUAUUAAAAGCA